AUGUCUGAUAUUCACUCAUUUAAAACAGUUGAAAGUUGGAGCGUAGAUUAUGUCAGAAAAUUUUUAAAUCUUAAUAAAGAGGAUUUCUCUCUUAAUGACGAUGAAAUUCGUAAACUUAAAGAGCUUGGCAUCAACGGUAGGGCGCUCCUUAGGUAUACCGAAAAAAAGCUUAUGGAUGAUGGUUUAAGAAGAGGACCAGCCUGUAACCUUGCGGAUUAUAUAAUUCGGUUAAAUCGCCAGGCAAGAACUCCAAAACCUACAUACGAUUCUGUCUCCAUUUAUAUUGAUAAUUCUAACCUAUUCAUUGAGGGCUCGAAAGUCGUUAGUUACCUUGAAAAAGUGAAUGCCUUUGACCAUAAGAAAUCAGAUUUCCUCGAUUUUUAUAUAGAUCAUGGUCUACUUGUCACAACAAUUUUAAAAGGACGAAAAUUUAACAAGACCUUUAUUGUCGGCUCUAUUCCACCACGUAAUGAUACGAUAUGGGCCCGAGCGAGGGAUCAUGGGUGUGAAGUAAAAACUUACCCACGAAACUCUUCAAAAAAAGAGAAAAAAGUUGACACAGAACUCGUUUGCGACGGAAUGGAAUCCUUAUUUACUGAGAAUCCGGGUACGUUAUUGCUAGUUUCUGGUGAUGCCGACUAUUGUCCCUUAAUGGUGAGAGCCCAAAAAAAAAAUUGGAAAAUCGAAACGCGGUUUUGGUCUGGAUUACUGGUUAAGGAUGAUUAUCCGUUUACCACACCUAUGGCAAAUGAUCUUAGAAAGAUUUCGUUAUAUGAACCGCUGGAUAAUUACUACCGGCUAUUCACAUAUAUAACAGGACCUGAUUUUACGAAUAAAAAACAUCAUCUUGAGAUCAGCGGUAAUGUUAUCAGGGAUUGGAUAUACAGAAACGAAACACUGAUGGAAUGCUUUUGUACUUUGAAAUUAUUUGGUAGAUGGAACUGGGAGAAUGAUAUAACCGCUAAUUUAUAUUUUGAAAACAAAAAGCAUUUUGGAAAGUGCAAAAUCGUUGUUCGAACAUAG